GAACUGUGAAAUUUUUGUGUGACGUGCGUUCUGGUCGGUAAUUGUUUUAAAGAAUGUAAGUAAUUCAGAUAAUUCAACCAUUUUUACAUAAUAUCAUUCGUCAAAUGGUUGGCUACGAUUUUCAAUUGUUAACAAUCGAAAAUUGUGACUGAAUUUGUGGCUACGGCAACGAAAUCCGAACGGCCACACACCAGUGCUAGGUCAACACAUUUGGAGGAACCUUUUUCCGUGUGUCAUGGCGGUGCAAUUAAUAUUAUAACGUAUAUAUAAAUGUCACACGUCAAAUAUCCGUCUAAAACAAGUCGCCCAGCUGAAGUGUAUAUUCAAUUCCAUCCAAACUGGUUGAAACGAAACGCAAUGAAAAUAUGGAUCUAUUAAUGUAUUUUGUAUUUGUUAUCAUAUUUUGUCUGUCCGUGUUUUCGUUGAUGUACAUCAACAGUAAAUUCCGUGUCGGCAAAACGUACGAAGAGGUGCAGGCAGAAAAGAAGCAAUUUGCUGACAAAUUGUUUGGAUCCAGUCAUGGCAAGAAUCAGAAGAAAUCCAAUCGUAAAGUGAUUAACAAGAAGGGAAAGGAUAAGGAACGAAAACAGAAAGAUCGAAAGGAGCAAGAACCAGAAUCUCAAAAUGAUAGUGAUGGCCAUUCGGAUAGUGCGUCCGGCGAAAGUAACAACAGUCCGGUUCAUGCAGCCAACAAGGGACAUGUCGAAUUUUCUGAAGCCGAAGUGAUUGGCGAAGAUGUCACCAAUACUAAGAAACCGCACGGCAAGCGCAAUCAGAACCGUAAGAAUAGUGCUUCAAAGCCGCCAGGAACCAGCAUUCUAACAAACAAGUCUGAUGCGGUUGUCGUCGCACCAGGCACCAAUAACACCGAAACGUUGAAUCAUUUCGAAGAGAUCCAGCCGAAGGAUGAUUUAGAAAUGAGAAAGCAAAAGGUCGAAUCGGCUGAGAAUGUGAAGCCAAACAAAAAGGACGGGAAGAAGUUGAAGAACAAGAAGGAUGUACCGUCGCCGAAGACCGAGAAACCGAAUCCAUCGGUAGUCGAAAAUGCAGUCGUCGAGAAGGAAGUGGCUGUCACCGAGUCGCCGAAGAUUCAAUCGGUGAAGGAGAAGCACAACAAGAAGAAGAAAUCGGAACCGGCAACCGUUGCACAGCAUUUCAACGAUGUCGAUUACGACAUGAAUGUGAGCGCAAUGAUUGGCAUGCUGGGAAAGGUGGAUCUGACCCGUGGUGAAAUUCAAAUUCUCAUCGACUAUCUGCUGAACAAGCAACAGGACACCAUUGUCAAUCAUUCCGAUUGGAGCGAUGACAUUGUGCAAAAGUUGCGCAGACAACUGGAAGAUAAGGACCGCGAACUGGCUGAAGAGCAGAAAGUUACCAUCGGCUUUCAGAAUAAAUUCCGUGAAUUGAGGGCCGAAAUCAUCAGCGAACGCACCAACAGCCAAACGAGAAUCGCCCUGUUGACCGAUGAACUUCAUGCGAAAAAAUUGGAAAUUCAGACCAUCCGACAGGAGCUGACCUUCCAAGCGGAGAAAUUCGCCAACGAGCAUAAAGUUAUGAGCAACAGUAUCCAACAGCUGCAGACCGCUCUAUUCAAAGAGAAACAGAACCAUACGCAAGAUCAGAACCAACACCAGCAGAUGAUUGACGACAACUUUUCCAAAACUCAAAUCAUGAACGACUUGCAAGAGAAAUUCCAUCAAUUCCAAGGCGAAACGACCAACAAAUUGGCCGAAUACGAGCAGAAGCUGCAAGAGUACGAUAUGAUCAUGCGUCAGAAUGAAGCCGAUUUGGCCAAUUUGAAUGCGGACAAUCAGCGGCUACGGGCUGAGGAACAACUGUACAUCCGACAGAAGUACGAUCUGGAGCAGUUGAAAAUUCAGGUGGCCGAACAGAGCAGCAAGGCGAACCAUUUGGAUGACAGUAGCAAAGUGGAAAUCAGAAAUCUGCAGAACGCACUGGAUUCGUCCAAAAAGGAGCUGGCUCUGUGCCGGAGUGAGGUGGCUGAUAAUAAAGCGAAGAUGGACGAGUGCAACAAACAGAUCGCUGAAUUGAAGUCUGCGUUAGAGUUGUCGAACAACAAAUUGGUGCAACAGGUGAAACAGGUGAACGACCUAAAUUCAGCCUUAACAAAUUAUAAGAAAGAAGUAGCCGAAAAAGACUCCAAACUUAGUGAUUAUCAGAAACAAUUACAAAGUCUUACAGGGAAAGAAGAUGAAUUGUUUAAGCAGAUAGCUGACUAUAAAAAUAAAAAUAACCAUCCACCCAUUCAGCAGCAAUUCGAAGAUGAACAAAUUAGAACCAAACAAAUUUUAGAGCGCCUCUUUCCCGAUUGUCCCAAAGGACCAGCGGACUAUCAUCAGUGGAUGGAUCACAUAGCCACAUACAUCGAGCAACGGAAUGUGGCGCAAUUGAAACAACAGAAUAACAAUAGUGCUAGUAGUGAAAUAAUAUCAACUAAAAAUCAUAUAAACAAUAGUGAUACGCAUAGUGAUUCAACGGGGACAGCGGCCACGGAGGAUCUGAUAUUGCAAAAUGCAAAGUUGCAGGCAACUGUAGAUGAAUAUAAGACUAUCGUUGCGGAAACGGAAAACGUUUUAAAAAAUCUCGAACGCAAAGUCAUUGAACAAGAUGCCUACUGGCGUGACGUUGUCAACACAAAAGAUACCGAAUUACAAUCGCUCAAGACUACCACCACCACACAGAACUCGAAUCCUAUUUAAUGGUGUCGAUAUCGCCGUAUACUAUAUACCGUUUAUGCAAAAACAAUUUAUUCAUCCAACACUCACACUCCCCCAAAAAAUCGUGAUCGUAAUUCUGCAAUAAAAAUUAUUUAAACAAAAAGAAGAAGAAAACACACAAAAGAUAAAAGAGAUUAAGCCGAAAUUGAUCGAGAAAAAGAGAAACGGAAAGAAAGAGACAAAACAGUGGAACAAUAUUUAUGAAAAGAUAAAAAGUUGAAGCGAAAGAACGUAAUUUAUAAGCGGGAAGAUUUGUAAGUAAAAAAAGGAAAAACCUUUUCGAUUUUUUUUAUUUGUUUUGUUGAUUUGAUUUAUUAUUGAAACCAAGUUUUUUUUUCAUUAUUUUUUUUUUUUGUUCUCUUCAAAAUUGGUGAAUUGGGUAAAUUAGGAAUAAUUUUUCUUUUCCUUCAAAUUUUUUACCGAGUUUCAGUAAAAAGAAUUAUUUGCCUUCCAAUAGAUAUUGCAAACAAAACACAAAUGGAAAAAAUUAACGGACAAACAGAAAAUCGUUUUGAUUUCGAUUUUUACAAAUCAAUGGGUUUUCCAUACUCAAAAAUGUGUUGUUUUUUUCGGUGGGUCAGGGAAUAAAAAAAGUUCUAUUGAAGAUUCUAAAACAAAGUGGAAAAUCCAAUGAAAUCAAAAUCUAAAGGCCAAAUUUCCAAUUCAAAUCCAACUAUCUCAGCAACACAAAUUAGGAUAAAUAGAAAAACAAAGCAAAAAAAAUCUGGAAAGAGAGAAUAUAAAAAGAAAAUGUUUUAAACUCAACUCAACAUAUUGAUUAGCGAUUGAGCUCUUUAAAAGAAUGAAACAAAGAGAGAGAGAGAGAGAGAGAGAGAGAGAAAGAAAAUGAAUUUUUCUUUUUAGAAUUAUAUUCAAUUCAAAUAUAUUUUUUAUGCCAACCAUAUUUGGGCUUAUAUUGUACAUGUAAAUUUGAUAUGAUUUAUCCAUUAAAAUUUAUAAUAAAAUUCUAUGAUUUUUUGUAGUCGAGAUUAACACGAGAACAAAUAAAAAAAAAACUAAAAAUUAUUGAAAUCCACAAUAACUGUUGUUGUCCAUAGCCCAACGAAUAUGGGAGAGAAAAAUGUGAAAAUUUCUGAGAAUAACAGAAAAGAAGCGAAAAUAUCAACAACGGUCAAUCGUUGUGAAAAUUUAGAAGAAGAUAAAUUUACUCAAGAAGUGGCAUGAUGGUGCUGUCAUUCAAAACAAGAAAAUCGCUGCGCUAAGUUCGUGGGGACGCCGCUAGAUUGUUUUUUUGGUGUCACUGCCUUCAUGAUCAAUUUAGAGUUGUCUGAACCGUUUCUUUCAGAAUGUAGUAAACAAAACGCACUAAAAUAAAAUGACAACAGCGCCGCCAUGUCACCUCCAGAGUGAAUAAAUUCGAUGAUUGUCAGUCACAAUUAAAUACAAGAAAAACAUUUGUUUGUGUUAAUCUUUAAAUUUUUCUGUUGCUCUCGCACUUGCCAAAUUAAGGUACAAAAGAGAAAACCGAAAAAUGUCGAAACUCAAAACAUUUUUGUAUCAACUAAAUUUAACCAUAAAGAAAAUCUCUGUUUUACUAAAAUAAAACUAAUCUAAAUAGGAGACGAUGACGAUGUUAUUUAACCAACCACAAAAGGAAGUAUGAAUCGGUUGGACUGGUUGUUUGGCUAUCCGGUUACACAUAAAAAGUUCAACGAAACUUUCGGGAAAUUUUGGGUGAUUUCGUAGGGGUUUCUUUAGGUCUGGCGAAAUUUCAUCAGGAUGUGCAAUUAUCAAUUUUGAGAAUUUCGUUCCGAAUAUUAGCACUAUUAGCAUUAGGAUUCACCAUCCAUUCCGAUUGGAGAUUCUUAAAAUUAAUCGUUAAGAUAUCAUCACAAAUUGUGAUGCCACUUAUUAACAGGUCUUAUCGAGAAGAGAACGUCUCAGUAAAUUCUCUUUCUCUGACAUUAAACUUAAUUAAAAUUCAAGGAAAUUGGGAAAUACUUUUAUUCACCAAUUUCCUUGAAUUUGAAGGAAGUUUCUGUUGUAGUCCAUUGAAUCUAGGAGAACAUCCUUCUUUGAACGUGGAUGGGAACGCUCUGAAAGCCGAGCUUUUAAAAGAGAUCAAAGAGGAAGCUUUAUCUCGCCGUAUUCAACUGAUGUUGCAAAACAUCUAAUACUUGAAUUGCUUGUUCCUCCUGUCAAAAAUGACAGUAGUACAAAAGAAAAAUUUGGACUAGCUCUCGUUCACGUUUCUAUAUGUAGCUAGAGUAGCACAGCAGUUCAAUGGCGAGCAUUUAUUUUCAGAAAUUCAGUCAUAUUCUCUUGUGUUUCCCCAUUGACGACAACUUUACGUUCACCCAUUCAAAGUAGAAUCGUUCAAGCACCAAUCGAGACCUAUUUUAACGGAAUCAAAUUUUUGGAAUUUCUCACGAAAGAAAUAUUUAGACUGAACUGAGGUCCUCGUCCGUACUAAAUUGACAUGCUCUCAUCCGUUCAUAUAAUCUCGUGAUUGUUCUGUCAUCGAGCAGAGCAGUCUUGGAGAAUGGAAGAAGUGUAAUAGCAAACGACCAUGCUAACGAUUCAUCGAUUAUUAUUCAAGCUUAUCAAAUGUUAAUAUGCCCCCGUUAAAAGUAAAAGAAAAAUAUUUUUUGUUUAUUUUAAUUAUUUAAAACAGACUAACCCCUCAAUCCUUUCAAAUUACUAACCGAAUUACCAUUUUUGAUGUUAAGAUGUAUAAAAAAAGGCAUAAAAAUAUUCGUAUGACACAUGGCUGCAAGCGUCAUGAGAUUCUAUCAAUUAAAAUAAAUAUCUUUUUGUUUGUUUGUUUUUUAUACGAAAAAAAAGGGAAUUUUUAGACUUUAAUUUAGCGCAAUAUAAUAUUUAACGAACGAAAGAACAUUUUUGUCAAUUUUUUUUUAGUUAAAAUAUUUUUUUUGUCUUUUAUAAUUUUUAAAAACGAUUUUUUUAUGAGAAUUUAGCAUUUUUCAUUAAUAAAAUUUUCCAUUCCUCUGUCUGAGUAUUAUUAGCAUUAAAAGUGCAAUAACAAAUUGAAAAUAAAAAAUAAAUGAAAAAAAAGAAAGCGAAUGAAAAGCAGAAAAACAAACAUUACAAGAACAAAAACACACACACACUAACUAAUUAUGUUUACAGUUAAGUCCGUCGCAUGGUAAACACAUGGACGAAUUAUAUAAAAUACAAAAAAAAAAAUGAAAAUAUAAAUUUGAAAUGAAAAUGGGAAAGAAAAACUACAUUGAAUCGAAUAAAAAUUAAUAUUUGAAAUA